AUUUGUUUUGACUUUAAUAUCAUUGAGAAUUAUUAGAGUGUAUACUUUAUUUCUUAUAUAGAAAAUUUUAACUUUUCUAAACAUUUAUACAAUAAAAGAAGACUAUGGCAACUAUUUUUUAAUAAUUAUGGCAAGAUUUCUAGCACAGAUAAUUGUUCUAGGGGGACAAAUCAUCGGCAAAGCAUUUACCCAAGCUCUUAAGCAAGAGUUUCAAGCUGGCUCUCAAUUUGCAUCACGCACCUCAAAUGAAGCACCAAGACAUGCAGCAAAUACUAUUAGCGGAAUGUCUCUUGAGGAAGCUAAACAAAUUUUGAACAUAAAAGAACUUGAUCCAGAGGCAGUUCAAAAGAGUUUUGAUUAUUUAUUUAAUAUUAACGAUAAAAAAACUGGAGGCUCGUUUUAUUUACAAUCUAAGGUCUUUCGUGCAAAAGAAAGAAUCGAUAUAGAACUCAAAACAAUAAAAGAAAAAAACGAUUCAAAGACGUGACAUGAAUUUUAUGCUUGUAUUUAAAAUGCUUUUGUACUUUUUAACAUAAAUUCAAGUAACUUUAAUGUUGCUUGUGUAAAAAAGCAAUAACAUUGUAACAUCACAUUGUAUUUAGCUUCUUGUACUUAAUAAAGUGUAAACUAGUUUUUA